CCCCCCCCCCCCCACGUGGAGCCUGUGGGCUGUGGUGGUAAGAGGGGUGGAAGGCUUGACUGUAAGCCAAUCUUGCUACGGGGACCUGCUCCGGAGGAUGCGGAGCAAUGGCAUUCUCUCCAGAAACAGAUGAUGGACAGUGACCCAAAAACACUUUAGACCUAAUCAGAAAGGAGACCAAGACAUUUGGAAGUUGGUGGCGCCUGCUCACGUCGUGUCACCCAAGCCUUUGUCCAGUCUCAAGCUGAACUCUAUUCCCCUAUCUCACUGUCACUGGUGGGGAUAUGGUGGGAAUGAAAUCAGCAGACUGCACUGAUCUUGGUGAAUACUACACAUUCAUGUGUCAUUGCUUGCUUGCAACCAGGGUUCGUGAGGGUAGUGAAUAGGUUUGCUAGUACUAUUUAAACUGCGGCUGCGACUGCCGCGGCUGCCCCUGGAGCUUCUUUCUUCCUUUUUUUUCUUUCCCUUUUCCCACCUUUUUCACUUUUUGACUUCUGUCAUUAUCUUGCGAGUUGUGGUUAACGCGAUCGAUGGGACCUGUGGAAUAAUCUCCCAACGAUCUUCGACAUCAUGAAGACGAUCUACAAUGUCUAUUUCCUGUGUAGCUUCAUCACCCUGGGUGGUGGGCUCUUCGGCUUCGAUAUCUCGUCGAUGAGUGGUGUGCUGGGCACCAACGCCUACACGAACUAUUUCCAAGUCGGUUCCGGCCAGUACAAACAGGGUGCUAUCACCUGUGCGAUGCCAUUCGGCUCGCUUGCCGGUGCUCUGGUUUCGAGUUUCUUUGCCGAUCGUUACUCGCGUGUCCUUACCAUUCAAAUGUCCACGAUUCUUUGGAUCCUGGGUUCUAUCUUCAUGGCCGCCUCUAAUGGCAUAGCCCUCCUGGUCGUCGGCCGUGUCAUUGCGGGUAUCUGUGUUGGCAUCUCAUCGGCCAUGGUGCCAGUCUACCAGGCUGAAGUUGCGCCCAAGGAGAUCCGAGGCCGAGUCAUCUCUCUACAGCAGUGGGCUAUUACCUGGGGUAUCUUGAUCCAAUACUUUAUUCAAUAUGGAGCCAGCAACAUCGAUGGCGGCCCGGAUAACCCUACCCAAAGCACCGCCGCGUUCCGCAUUCCCUGGGGCAUUCAGAUCGUGCCGGGCGUCAUCCUCUUUGUCGGUCUCUUCUUCUUCCCCAAGUCCCCCCGUUGGCUGGCAAGCAAAGACCGUUGGGAAGAGGCCAUCCAGGUCCUCGCUAGGCUCCACGGAAACGGCGAUAUCAACCACCCCAAAGUCCUUGCCGAGUACCGCGAGAUUGAGGAAGCCCUGAGAAUCGAACGCGAACAAGCGAACUCCAGCUACCAAGUCCUCCUUGAACCACGAAUGUUCAAGCGUGUUAUCCUCGGUAUUAGCCUGCAGAUGUGGUCCCAACUCUGUGGCAUGAACGUCAUGAUGUACUACAUUGUAUAUAUCAUGCAGAGUACCGGAACCGGAUCGCCUCUCUUGACGGCAUCGAUUCAAUACAUCCUGAACACGGCACUCACACUGCCCGCGAUCAUCUAUCUGGACAAAUUUGGGCGUCGCAAGGCUCUUUUGAUUGGAUUCGCCUGCCAGGCCAUCUUCCUCUACAUCGAAGGUGGUUUGCAGGCUGGAUUCGGCGCACCGAAUCCCGGCACGGAUCCGAAACUUGACGCAAUCUCCUGGACCGUGGCCGCACAUCCCUCUGUCGGAAAAGCCAUUAUCGCCCUUUCUUAUCUCUUCGUGUGUUCCUUUUCUACCACAGUCGGUCCCACCAGCUGGACAUACCCGGCCGAGAUUUACCCGUCUAAGGUUCGCGCCAAGGCCGUCUCGCUGGCGACGGCGUCCAACUGGACCUGGAAUUGUCUGCUGGCGCUAUUUGUCCCGGCUUUGCUGUGGUCUAUCAACUGGAAGAUGUACAUGAUUUUCGCCGCUUUCAACACCGCAGCGUUCGUUCACAUGUUCUUGACCGCCCCCGAGACCAAGGGUUACACACUGGAGGAGAUGGACGACGUCUUCAACAGCGGAGUACCCGCCUGGCGGAAGCUUGAGAGGAAGAGCAGACUAGACGACCUCGAACAGGAGAUUGUCCAGGGCAACCUCAAGGUCUCAGCUCCUGGUGAUGAGAACGACACGUCUGUCCCGGUUGAGGAGACUCCGGUCAAGACUGGCUGAUCUCAGUUUGUGGAACUUGGUUUGUUCUUUCUACCGACAAGAACAAGGUUGAUGGAAUCGGUUUUGUAAUGGAUGUGGAAAUUAUUAGUCUCGUCUAGCUUAAACGAUGUAGUACCUUAAGACAAUUGGAAUUGAACCGUUGCAAUCUCA